AUGAACCUCCUCUCGCGUCUGUCCUUUACUGGACGCGCUGGACGCAAGGGGUCUUCAGACAAUGACAAGGAUCAAUACCUUUCUGUACCCGAGCGCAAGGACAUUCGCCGCCCUCGUGUCCCCAACAAGGGUACCUCGCGCCCCGUCUCGUCCGCCUCCACCGAAACGUCGUGUUCCACAGUGUGGGAGGACAAGACCAAGGCCUUCCCGCAGCUUCCCAGCCUCCCACAGCUGGCACCCCUCGUCCAUCCUCCUACUUCAACCGCGACUCUCUCUUCCAGUCGCCGUCCCUCGCCGCUGCCCAAACUCAAGCGUGCUGCUACCGUCAAGUUCUUCAACAAGGGCAGCAAAUCGGCGAGUCUCACGCCUAAGCGUAGCAUGGAUGCCUGCCUUUUACCACGUCUGCCCAGCUUCAAGUUCGACCCUCUUCAGCUUCCGCCUUCAGGACAGAAUGAAGGCGACCCACUUAAUCUCGCGGAUGCCCUCGAGCUCGAAUACCAGACGCGCCAGACGUCUACCACCGCGGUCGCUCCAGCCUCAGCGCCGGGCCUCGAGUUCAACCCCAGCACCCUCCCUGCCACUGGGUUUGAGGGCGACGACCUGGCUGAAUCUCCCCAACUUCCUCCCAUGCCUCCACAAAAGCAAGCUUCUCCCCAGCCUCAGGCCAAGGUCUCCACCAUCCUCGACAUGCUCAACGUCACCCUCUACCCCCACAUCGUCGACAGCAUCCUGGACAACCUCUGUGUGGAGGACCUCCAACGCCUCCGUCGCUCUGGUGACGGUUUCCGCGAGUGGGCCAACUCGUACCUUUGCUACCACCUCGAGCUCCAUUCUGACGUGUUUGGCAACAACCCAACGUCACACACCCCUCAAGCCACAAUCUACCGCCACUGGGGCGCCAAGGAGAAGGGAGCGUUCAGCAUUCACCACACGAUCACGCCCGACAUGUGCGCGGUGGGUCGGCAGAUUCGAGUCCUCACUGUGCGUGGGGAGGAAGCUCCAUGCCUUCUCUCCGGCUCUCGUGCCGCGCAUGAGAGCGUAGUCUUCGCUUCCGCUCAGCCGACCCUCUGGGAUGCCCAGGCCAUCUCCAAGCUGAAGCUGCAAAAUGUGCAGGUCAUUCGCAUGUGGACCGACAAGAUAUCGUCCAAGGGAAUUUACCUUUACAACACCGAGGCUGAAGAGCUUGUCUUGGUCCGCAACCUCCCCAACACCUGGCCAACCGAAACCCCCACGACUGACGGCUUUGUCGCUUCCAGUGCCGGUGUUCUGUUCCACAAGGCCGCACUUCCUUCACAGAUCCAGCGCCUCGUCGUCAACCUGCAGUACGACGACAAGUACUGUGGCGGCCGCUUCAAGUGGUUUGCGUCUCCUCACCAGCUCACCGAGGCCGUCAUCGUGUUCAACGGACCGUGUCUCAGGAACCCCAGACAGACCGCCGAAGUUUGUGUGCGCGGUAUCGCCCUGGCCCCCAUUCUCAAUGAAUUUGUCACAACUUUCCCUCUGGUCAAGUACACCUUUGUCGACCUCGACGAGUUCAACCCCUCGUGGCUGUCGUCGACGUAUCCAGGCUCGAAAGACCCAUUCAAGGGCAGGGGUGAUGCCAACAACACGCUUUCCAGGAUCGUUUACGCUCUGUGCGACUUGGUUGCCACCAAGAUGCCCCAGGCUAGGCCCGAGUGGGUGUUCAGUACCGUCUCGGAGCUCGUUUGCUGCUACACCAAGGCCGAGUAUCGUGCCGCUGUUGGCGAGGACCAGUACCACAUUGACAUGUACCAGGAGGAGGAGAAGUGA